AUGAGUCUUAACAAUUAUGCUAAUUAUAUGAUACAAAAACAUGCUCCUAAUCAAGAUGAAACAACUAUGAAUAUUAUUCAUCCAGAAGUUUUUGUAAAACAUAGAUCUAUAAACCUAUUAAUAGGUAAACCUGGAUGUUCUAAAACAACGUCUAUUUGUAAAGAACUUAUUAAAAUAGAUAAAGUUUCUAAUAGUUUUCAUCUUAUUAUUUGGGUUAAUAAUACAGGAAGUGAUCAAACUUUAUUACAUUAUGAGGGUUUACUUAAUAUUCCAAUUAUUAAGUUUACAUAUGAUCAAUUUGAAAAAGCUUAUCCUAAAUAUCUUGAAAUUAAAGAAACUUAUAAUAAAAUGAUUAGAAACGAAAUACCUAAAGAUGAAUCUAUAUUAGAGUGUUUAUAUUUAGAUAAAUUUAGUGAUAAACCAUUAGAAACAAUUAUAGUUUUAGAUGAUGCUGUUAAUUGUUUAAAAAAUGAAUCAUCAAUAUUAUCUAAAUCAUUAUAUAAAACUAGGCACACCAAUUGUUUAUUCUUUAUAGCUAUUCAAAUAUGGAGAGGUAUACCAGCACAAAUAAAAUCAAUACUAUCUUCAGUAUGGAUAUUUAAUUCAUUUUCUCCACAAAUUCUUCAUCAUAUUUAUAAUCAAAUUACUACAGAUAUCUCAUUUGAAGAGUUUCAAUCAGUUUAUAAUAAACUCGAAAAAUAUGAAAAAAUUAUAUUUGAUUCUAUUACGAAUGAAAUAAUUGUGGAUUAG